AUGAAAUUACAGCAGAAUUUCCAGAGCCAUGUGGUGCUCUUACUACUGAUGUUACUGGUUCGAGGCCACUUAGCCUCUGCUGGUGCAGCAUGCUUCCCUGCCUGCAUGGUUGCCUGCUGUGAGUGUGCUGGUGGUCCUGCGGCAUUUGCAGGCCCACUGGGCAUUGCUGUCGGCUUCACUGGCUGUACUGGUAUCUGCAUGGUUGCCUGCGCCACGCUUGUGUGGGCUCCACCAGCAUGCUUCGCCAACGAUACCCUCAUUACCAUGUUCGCACCCAAUGGCACAUUAUAUACAAACUCCAUCACUGCUGUACACGCUGGAGAUGAGGUGCUCACUCUGGUGAAUGGUCAGCUCACCACUACUCGCGUUGUACGUAACCUACGAUCGUCCGGAACCUACGACUUCAUGGAAUUCGAAGUACAAUCUGAUGGGGUUAUGUCCACUCUCAAAGUAACUCCCCAGCAUGGUCUGCUCAUCCUCGACCAGCAGGGGCAGAUGCGCUUCUCUUUCGCCUCCGAUGUUAAUAUCGGAGCCCGUAUUCCGUCGAGAAACGCGUCCCCGUGGACCGUCUCGCGGAUCAAAUACGUCUCUGGAAGCGAGAAGUACACCCUGGAGACGACAGAUGGCAGUAUUCUGGCGUCAGAUGUAUUGGUCUCUACCAUAUGCGAAGAAGAAAUCAGCACAGGGCUCAAGAUGGAAGAGAUCAUGCACGACUGGAAGUCCAGACAUCAAUAUUCUUUCGAUACAACUGCCACGUCUGGGACACAAAUCAAGGGUUAG